AUGAAAAUUAAUAUUUCUAAAUUUUCUAUAACAUUAUCUGAUUUUACUUGGCCUAAAGAUAAACCAGUAUUUCCUAGUCAACGUGAUGUUUAUUCUUAUUUAUCAAACUAUAUUCGACAAUCAAUAUCGUAUGAUAUUUUUCAAUUUAAUCCUCAAGCUUUUUUGAAAUAUCUUCAUAAACCUGAUAAUAUAAUUGAUGAUUUAACAUUUCAAGGAACAUUUAUGCAUAUUAGUGAUUAUCGUUCACCCGAACAAGUACGCAACAAACGAGUGAUACUUGUUGGUGCAUCGAUGAGUGCAACUGAAAUAGCUGCUAAUAUGGUAAUAACUGUUACGCAUAUUGUACAUAUUGCACCACAUAAUUUCUGUCCUUCCACUGCUGUACAACAAAUAGGUUUACAUGUAGAACAUCAUAUACACACUCAAUAUUGUCCACUUCAAUUUUCACACAGUGAUUAUGUUGAAGUGAUUCAUGAUAUUACUCAAGAAACAAAUCAUUCAAUACCAUUGAAUACAAUAGACAUUGUUGUACCAGCACAAUAUCGAAUUGAUGAAACUGAUAAAUCUGUACUUAUUGAAAUUGAUUUCAUAUGUCAAAUAAUAUAA